AAAUUAAUGAAUACCUCUGAAAUAAAACCUGGCCAUAGUCUGAUUGUAAACUUCAAUUCACCAGUAAAGUAAAAUAUGUUGAGUUAUGUGUGACAUUCUCACAUUGCGAUGCCUUUAAGUAGUAAUCUUGAUGUGGGGCAUGACUAGAAAUGAUUUACACUAAAUGUCAUCUUAAACAUUGUCUUUUCAUGUUUCAGGUUUAAUUAGAAACCUCCAGACAUUACCUUUCUACAAUAGCUACAAUUUCUGAGAUGGCUGAGUAUACAAGUAUAUUCGGUGGAGGGGAGCUUAGUCAGCCAAUUGGGGCACCAAUCUUUUCCCCCAAAAGAUCCUCAAAGAAGAAAAGACGUAAACUCUUUGUUGAAACUGGUAUGUUUGGUGAUGGGGAGCUCAGCCAACCAAUGGAAACAGUUGUCUUCUCAUCUAAUAGCCAGGCAAAGAUGCAACAUAAAUCAUCUGAAGAUAUAGUUUCAGCAUCACACAAUAGUUGUCAAAAGGAUUCAGAAAAUCUACAUCCGAGCUCUGGUCAUCAAGAACAUGAAGAAAAGACAAUGUUCAAAUUGGGCAAAAGAAAGCAUACACAUUCCGAAUCAUCAGGAACAGGAAAAUCUGAAACUUCGCAGUUGAAAAAGAUUGAAGAAAUACACCAUGAAGGAACAGUUGAUAAUCAAAGUACAUCAACUAAAAAACAUAAAAAGAAGAAAAGGAGCCACAAACGUAAAGAUAAAGGUGAAGAGGAAAACAUGUCUGUUGAAAAUAUCAAAACAGGAGAUAAUAUGUUUAAAGACAUAUCAAUAUCAAACAAGGAUGAUGAACCAUCUACAACAGGUAAAGUUAAAAAGAAGAAACAUAAGAAGAAGAAACAAAUGAGUGUGGAAAGGCAACUGGAGAUCAAAAAUGACACUCCUGAGUCUGACUUAUCCAUUGAAGCGUCAGGAACAGGAAAAUCUGAAACUUCGCAGUUGAAAAAGAUUGAAGAAAUACACCAUGAAGGAACAGUUGAUAAUCAAAGUACAUCAACUAAAAAACAUAAAAAGAAGAAAAGGAGCCACAAACGUAAAGAUAAAGGUGAAGAGGAAAACAUGUCUGUUGAAAAUAUCAAAACAGGAGAUAAUAUGUUUAAAGACAUAUCAAUAUCAAACAAGGAUGAUGAACCAUCUACAACAGGUAAAGUUAAAAAGAAGAAACAUAAGAAGAAGAAACAAAUGAGUGUGGAAAGGCAACUGGAGAUCAAAAAUGACACUCCUGAGUCUGACUUAUCCAUUGAAGCGUCAGGAACAGGAAAAUCUGAAACUUCGCAGUUGAAAAAGAUUGAAGAAAUACACCAUGAAGGAACAGUUGAUAAUCAAAGUACAUCAACUAAAAAACAUAAAAAGAAGAAAAGGAGCCACAAACGUAAAGAUAAAGGUGAAGAGGAAAACAUGUCUGUUGAAAAUAUCAAAACAGGAGAUAAUAUGUUUAAAGACAUAUCAAUAUCAAACAAGGAUGAUGAACCAUCUACAACAGGUAAAGUUAAAAAGAAGAAACAAGAAAUAAAUAUUAGGAAGCAUACAGAAAAAGUCAACAAUGAGACAAAACGAGAAACAGAAAUUCGUAUCUUUACUCCUGAUGAUGUUGAGAAGGCCAUAGUUAGUGCUGGAGAUAAAUGUGAUAUUUUAGAUGUAUUAAACAACAGUGUUUUAAGCCAUCGUACACCAAAAGCUCUUAAAGUACUGAUGAAAACCAAGCCAGAUUUAUUUAAAGGACAUCCAAGUAAGUUUAAAAAUAAUGGCCCCAAUUGGUGGUGUGUGAAGGUUUAUUACAUUUUGUUGAGUUAAAAAAGUAGCAACUUUGAGGGAAAUUCAUCACAAUGGAUGUUCAUUUUAGUUAGGCUGAAUCACUUGAAGAACCCUCCCAAUAAUUCUUUUUAUGAUAGAAGCACCAAAAUCGGUACAAGUGUAGCUGAUUGUAACUGAAAAAAAUGGCUCGAGGCAGCAAGUGAUCCGGAGCCUCGUUUUGGAAAAAAUUCAAAAUGGCCGCCAGUCUGUUUGUGAUUUAGCCGAUUUCUAUUAAAAUCUCAAAAUCCUCUAACAUAUUAAUGAAAACUGCAUAGAAACCUCAAGAAGUGGCUUUGAAAUGAAUCUUUUUUGAUGAACUGACAUUUAACUUGAGUUUCAAAUGUAAAACGGCGUAAAACAAGG